CGAUCACACGAAGCUUGUUUUAAUUGUCUCUUACAUAAAGUAGAACAAAAAAUUAAACGUAUGUACAUAGCAUAUCUUGUGUGUGAUUUAGGGCUACAUAUGUUCCUACUAGUUUCAUACUUAAUAUGGGGACUGCUGCCGGACAUUUUCGAUUUUCUUCAGCCAUUAAACGAAUCACGUACACAUUAUUUACUUUUCAUGAACGAAUACCGAAUAAAUGUCGGAAUACAGUAUUAUUUAUUUUUCUUUUAUACUGUUAUUAGUCUUAGUAUUGCUACAAUUGCGACAAUAAUCGUUUUUUCGACCUUACUAACGAUUUGUUUACACUGCUGCGCAAUAUUCAAAAUUUGUAGUUACCGAAUAAAACAGUUUGCGGACAAUAAGAUAAUGGCAUGUUACAACAAGAGAAAUGAAAUCGUCGAAAGAAUAAUUAAAAUAGUAGAACUUCAUCAAAAAGCAAAAAAGCUUUGUAAAAUGAUUGCAACAAGUUUUACGAUAUCUUAUCUUAUUAUGAUAGUAAUAGGCACGAGUAGCUUUGCUAUAAGUUUAUACAGAUUGCUGAACGCAAUUUCAUACACGCAUGAUACUGAUGAAUUUCUGCUAGCAACAGGUUAUUUUAUAGGAUAUGAAUUUUGUUUUUUAACCUUAUCUUUUAUAGGACAAGUAACGAUAAACCAUGCUGACGAAUUAUUUAAUGCACCGUACAUGUCGUUUUGGUACAAAGCACCUAUAACAAUACAAAAAUCGUUAUUGUUUAUAAUGCAAAUCUCUUCAAAAAAAAUAGUGAUAAAUAUUGGCGGUAUAUUUGUUGUAACAAUGGAAACCUUUACAUCGAUCACGAGCACGUCAAUGUCCUUCGUAGCGGUAAUUCACUCGGUACAAUAGAUCCAUGAUUUAACGCAGCAGAAGUAAUUUAUGUUCAUAGUAAUUGUAAAUACAUGAAAAAAAUUUCUAUAAAAAUAUAAAGUAGAAAAAUAUUAUUUGAUUAUGUAACAUAAUAUUCUUUGUGUUAUUGAUUCAUCAAUAAAUAAUACUUUAUUUAAUAUUACAAA